UUUUGAAAUACAUAAAAAUAUUGUGGACGCAUCUACAAUUCUACACAUUCAUUUACAGCGUACUGAGAUCUGAGAAAUCCAUUUGCCAGCCCCGUUACCGGCAGACGGAAGAGUCGCAGUAAGAUGUUCACCCGGCGAAUGAACUCGUCCUUCUCGCCCGCGAUUCUUUUAUUUUUUAAUUUUCUCUUCGUAUUUUCUGCUCCCUCUCUUGAGGAAAGCUCGGGUGGAGAAGAAAUUGCCCGUCGAGUUAUGCUGAGCUUCAAGGAGACGCCUAAUGGAGUUAACGUCAGCUUUGAAUGCUUUCCUUCUGGUCCCUGCGUUCCUUGUGCCUACUCCGAAAAGAGUGAUACAAAAUACCGCUGCAGUGAAACUGGGUAUCGAAUUCCGUUCAAAUGUGAAGAAACUAGAGACCGUCUGGAGGAAGGAAAGAGUAAGAAAAUUCACAAUCGGUCUGAUUUAGAGAAUGCAAAUGCUCAUACUUAUCCAAUAAGGCAAAGAAGUUUGUUAGGGGAUUCAUCCACUUCUGAGAGUGGGUUGCAGGCUUACAUAACUUACAGAAGCUGUAUAACUACAGUUAGUGAAGAGAGGUUGUCAGUAAUUGGUUUUGAGGAAAUAAUGUUGGUUUUGCUGAUAAUAAGUGGUUCAACUAUUUACUACAAAAAAAGGCGAAUGAAUGCACUUCCUGGUGGCAUGCCUGUAAGGAUUCCUAGUAGUUCUCGAAUUUGAAUCAAAUGAUGGCACUGACUGAAGGUUAGGAAUGUUAUGACUUAGUCUUGUUGUAAUUUUGAUAUUACUGGACCACACAAAUUGAAGCCUAUUUCGAAUGCAUUAAUCUUUUUCCUACCUGCAUACACAUAGAGGCAGGAAAUGUAUAGGUGAAGUAAAAGUAGUCUGUUUUAUUGUACAUCUGAAUUGCAUUUGAAAAUAUACUUGAUUUUUUUUUUCCUGAAUAUGUUAAAGUACACUAGACUAUAGAACCGGAACUGAAGUUUAAGAAACCAAUCCUAAUUAUAUGUGUAUCUGAAUUGAAGGAGUUUAAUAAUUAAAAUGUUAAUAGUGUUGUGCAACCAGGUGUUUUUAGGAUUUUUAAUAAUUUUACAUAAGUUUCAUAACAAUCUUAUAAAUCCGUUCAGUACUAUAUGUCUCUAUUAUGAAUUUAAAAGUGCUACUCAAACUUUUGUUUCCCAAUGGUGCAGUGCUGGACUACAUUAAAGUUAGAAAAUUUGUUAACACAUUUUAAAUCUGUUUCUUCCCAAGGAAUCUUCUAAUGUGAAUUUACGGGUUAAGAGGGAUGACCCCAUUUGCAUACUCCUUCGACGAUGUGAUAUUGUUUUUGUAGCAGUGCAAGCAAUGGUAUUGGUUCAAACAGUGAUUAAAUUGAUUUAGGAACUAGGAAGUAAGUUUACCUUGAUUUUUUCAGUCCUUGAAUGAAAUGGUUACUACUCCGUAUAAUAUUUGCUUAUUACUUCUAGACUUCUAGUUUUAUUAUUGGUCUUAUUCUUGACCCUCACAAACACUUGUUAUGAAAUGUUUUUAAGAUACUAAUAUCAUUGUCUGUGUUCAUUAUCCUCGAUAUGAUGAUAACAGACAAAGUAAAUGCUCACUUU